AUGAGCUCCACGAUGCGCGCCAUCGCUGUCAAGGGCGGCAAAGGUCCCGCCACGUCCCUCUUCGUCGACCAGAUCGCCAAGCCCAGUGCCGCUGCCGGCCAAGCCAUCGUGAAAAUCCACGCGUUCGGUCUCAACCGCAUGGACUUGCUGCAGCGCGAGGGUCAGUACCCGCUUCCGCCGCAGGCACCCGAGACCCUGGGCGUCGAGUUCUCCGGCGUGGUGGAGAGCGUGGGCACUGGAUCGAAGGAUGAUUUCAAGGUCGGAGACGAAGUGUUUGGCCUUGCUUAUGGUGGUGCUUACGCGGAGUACAUUGCCGUCUCGACCAAGAUGCUUGUCCACAAGCCUAAGGAGCUCUCGUGGGAGCAGGCUGCCGGCGUGCCAGAGACCUGGAUCACUGCCUCGCAGGCCCUCUUCCUGAUCGGCGAUUUCCAAGCCGGACAGUCCGUCCUGUUCCACGCCGGCGCGUCAUCUGUCUCGAUCUCAGGCAUCCAGCUCGCCAAAGCCGAAGGAGCCAGAGCGAUUUAUGCCACUGCCGGAUCGCAGGAGAAGAUUGAUUUCCUCGUGAAGGAGCUCGGUGUGACCGCCGCCUUCAACUACAAGACUCAAGACUGGGCCGCCGAGAUUCAGAAGGCGACGGGCGGCGCCGGCGUCAACCUAACUGUUGACUUCAUCGGCGCGCCCUACUUCCAGGGCAACCUGGAUGUUGCCGCGAAGGAUGGUCGCGUGGUGUUGUUGGGACUGAUGGGUGGAGUCAAGUUGCCCGAGGGCGUGAACAUCGCCCCUCUGCUCUUCAAGCGGGUUCGGGUCGAAGGUAGCACACUGCGUAGCCGGGAUGAAGAAUACCAGGCCAAGCUUCGAGAUACGCUGGUCUCGCACGCGCUGCCCAAGUUCUGUGAUGGGACGUUCAAGGUGUUCGUGGAGAAGGUGUUCCCCUUUGAGCAGGUUAUGGAGGCGCACCAGUUGUUGGAAAGCAACACGACCAAGGGUAAGAUUAUCUGCACUGUCUAG